AUGACCACACAGGAAACGGUCAAACCGCUUGUGGACAGGAUCCUGUCGAAUCCGCUGCACUUUAGGAAAGCUUCGAGAGCUGUUUUGGACGGAAAUCAGGUUGAUAUGAAGGAACAAGAGGGGUCGUACAUAAUGAUCGGGAGAGGGCAUCGAGAUGAAGAAGAAGCUUCGAAGGAGGUCAAGAACGCUGUUCAGGAGUCCCAAGAAGCCCCUAAGAGGGUUAAGAGAGUUCCGCAAUCUUUGGCGGAAGCGAUUGGUUUAUAUUCGCAGCAGGAGCAGCCACAGGACGAGUCGUUGAGCGAUGUCGAUGUAAAUGCAGCAAGUGGAUAUACCGGAUCCAGCAGUUCGGAGGAAGAGUUCCAUGAGGCUAGCGAAUAUGCGAAUGGUGAGGAUCUUGGGAUGGCUGUGGAUAUGGAAGAGUCGGGUUCUAGUUCGGAUCAGGAGUUCAAAGCUGAUGAUGUGCCUCAUGAGAGUGAUGAGUCAAGUGAGGAAGAGUCCAGUGAAGAUAGCGUGUCGAGAGUUUCUGAUUCUGAACGGGUACAGCUGCAAGAGGAAGCACAGGAGGCUGAGGCUAUCGUUGAGAAAGCAAAGGAAGAAGGAGAAGAAGAAGGAGAGGAAGAAGAAUUGAAGCACAAGGCGCCGUUGUCGCAACGGUCGGUGACGCCGCCCGUGAUCUUGGGAGACAUUCAACAGUUUUACCAGGUUGGUGAGGAUAUCAACGACCGUGGAUCAAACGGUUCGAGCCGUGUGGUCAAGAAUUGGGGGCCUCAUCUUAGCGCUUUAAGGCCUAAAGGUCUAUUGAACCACGGGGUCACGUGUUACACCAACGCAGCAGUUCAGGCCAUAGUUCAUAUCCCUGCGAUUCAACACUACUUAUUCGAUAUUUUGCGUGGUAAGUACGAGUCGACCAUCUCGAGAGACUCUGUUUCGUACGUGUUGGCUGAAACUAGUAAGAAGAUGUGGUUACCUCAGGAUAGGUCCAAGAAAAAGAAUGGACCACAUCACAUCAACCCUAAGAAACUGAUCGCCCGACUCGAUGAUAUCAACUGCAUGAUGAGUGAAUGGCAGCAGGAAGACUCCCACGAGUAUUUCAUGUCGUUGAUGUCGCGGUUACAAGAGGAUUCCGUUCCAAAAGGUCACAAGAUGACCGAAUCCAUUAUCUAUGAUAUUUUUGGAGGUCUUUUGAAACAGGUGGUCACUUGUAAGUCGUGCGGUAGUGUUUCCAAGACAGAGCAACCAUUUUACGACCUUUCUUUACAUCUCAAAGGCAAGAAGAAGCAAUCGCUGUCGCAGGAUUCCCAGAGCGAUGAUCAGAAUAAAUCUAGCGAUGCUAAAUCUGAUGAUUCUGCACCUAGCAGAAGGUACUCGAUCGAGAAAUCCAUCAGAGAUUUUUUCAACCCCGAACUGAUCAGGGUUGAUAAAGAGCAAAAGGGUUACGUCUGCGAAAAAUGUCAUCAAACCACCAACGCAGUGAAACGUAGCUCUAUUAUUAGAGCUCCAGAAACUUUACUCACACACCUAAAGAAAUUUAGAUUUAAUGGAACUGCAUCCUCCAAGAUGAAGCAGGCAGUAUCAUAUCCAAUGUUCUUGGACUUGACAGAGUAUUGCGAAUCCAACGAAAAAGAUCAUGUUGUCCCAGUAAAAUAUCAGUUGACAACAGUGGUGGUCCACGAAGGUCGGUCCUUGUCCUCAGGGCAUUACAUUGUGCACUGUAAACAACCGGAUGGAACCUGGGCCACUUAUGACGACGAAUAUAUCAACAAAAUCACAGAGAGAGACGUACUGAAGGAGCCCAAUGCAUAUUAUUUACUGUACACUAGAUUAACUCCGAAGGAAAUCGAGACUGCACAGGUCCUGAACGUCAAAGAUCUCGACAUCCCAGUGCAAAUGAAUGGAUCUUCACAUGCAACACCUACAUCAUCACCAGUACUCAACAAGUCAAAGAAAUGGAAGAAGAAUAAAAAGAGAAGAUUCAACAGAUAUUGA